UAAAUAAAUUUUAGAUAAAAUAAAGCGUAUCUGAGUCUAGCUACUCUCUUUCAAAGCACACACUACACACCACAACGAGUCGUAAGAGAGACAGCCCCUACUUUUCCCGCCACGACUUCAAGCGCCGCCGUCCACUGCCGGAGCCAGCGGAGGAAGAAAGACCCACCACCAGGCCGACGCCUCCUUCUGCGGUAGUCGUCAUGGGUCUCCCUCUUGACUGCUCCGUCCUCGAUCUCAAGUCUCGAUUUGAGAUCUACGGCUCCAUCUCCCGCAUCCGUAUCGACCGUGACGCCGUCGGAUACAUAACCUUCCGGAAUAAAGACUCGGCCGACGCCGCCAUCGCCGCUGGCCACGACCCUUCCUUUGGCGUCACCGUCAAUUCCAAAGAGGUUCAGGUGUUAUGCGCAACGGAUCCUCUAGCCAUGUGGAGGGAAGGAGUUGGUAAGAACAAGGAUAGUGUCUCUAUGUCAAAGCUUGUGCGAGCUGAUGUACCUUUGAGGAGACAUGGAAGAAGUAAUAAACUUGCUUCAGCUAUAGGGAAUACCAAAAGUAGUAACGAUGGUUCUGGUAGCUUGGUUCUUGAAGUUCCUUCCAGAGGUAGAGAAAUUGUUGCUUAUGAUGAUAUAAUGUAAUUCUAAAAGGGUUAUCUUAUUUUGGGUUUAGAUCUGUGUAGUUUUUUCUAUUCUGCUCUCUUAUCAUGUUUAGGAGGAAGAUGCUCAACACGUGAGCUUGUAGGAUGUAACUUAUAGAAAUUAAUUAUGUAAUCUAGUUUGUGUUUUUGAUGUUUGAUGUCUAUGUUAUAAAUGUAAUGUGGUAAAUAGUUGGGUUUAACUUAUGGUGUCUUCUCGAUUAUUUGGAUUUGAAAUUGUAAGAUUUUCUUCUGUGUAAUGAAUCUUAAUAAACCUUUUUAUCCCUUCCUUCAA